AUUAUUUUGAAGAUUUUUCUUGCCCAUUUUUCAUAUUAAUGUCACGGGUGAGAAAUGAAUAUUCCUCAAGAGAAACAGGUUCGUCUCCGAGUGCCUUCCAAAUGGAGAAGCGAGAGCAAAGCAAUAGCUGGUUCAAAUGGUUCGCUAUAAUUAUCAGCAUUUUAUGUGUUACAUUUAUGGUCGCAACUGUUAUACUAGUUUUAAAAUUGAGUCUAAAAAGCAAUGAAGAAGAUCAAACAAAAAACAGGAACAAUAGUUCAUCUUCAUCUCUUUCAAGACCGAAUGAAGCGAAUGAACUAACAGGGAAUAUCACUAGUAAUUUAAAAAACGAGGCAAAAUAUCUUAAAAAUAUAAACAAAGAAAUAUGUUAAUUUAGGAUAAUGUAACAAUUGAAAGUUCCA